AUGAUGGUGAAGAAAUGUUUCGUGCCAGGGUGUAUGAACGAGGCUGGGCAAUUAUGCAAGUGCUCUUCUCCUGAAAUUUUAUUGUGCGAAGAGCACACCGGGGAGCAUGUAAACUUACCUAAUAGAGCUCAUAAUCUUGAAUCAAUUUUUAUGCAGCCUUGUGAAGGGACAAAAGAAGCAAUUCUUGAAUUCCUUGCUAAAGAAAAGUCAAAAUUUAGCGAGUUGAGAAGAAAAAUUAUAGAUUCCUUUCGCCAGCAUCUUCCUAAUCCUGAGAAAGGUUUAGGAGACUUCACUAAGUUGGAUUGCUACUUAGAUGAAAUAAAUGACCUCAUUGCAAAAUUUUCCCAAACUUCAAAAUUAUUAAAGUCAGAAGAUCCAAUUUUAGGAUUAUUGAGUUUACAGCCUCAAGAAGCUAUUGAGAAAAUAAAAUUAAUGACCACAGUCAGCAGAGAUUGAUACAACGGUGCAAGGCUAUUUAUUAUAUUCAAUCAAAAGUUAGAAAAUCUAAAUAGAUCCUUCUUUACAGAAAUAUGCGGGGCAUAUCUAGAUAAAAGUAAUAUGCAAAAUACUCCUGAAAUGCUGAAUAAAAGUAAAGCCGCAAGUUUAGAGCCAUCAAACGUUUAA